CGUCACUGACGCGUUUCCAGUCAGCUGAUCGGCGGAUUCGGAGAGAAUCCCGUUCAUGACAGGUGGGGCUGCGUCUGACAGUGAGGAAGAUGGGGGGACGUGGCAGAGGAAGAGGCAAGGCAAAGGGAGCAGGAGGCAGAGGCGGAGGCAGUGGUGCCUGGGGCAGCAGCACAGCGGGCAGAGGCGCCUUGGCAGCAGGGGGAGGAUUCUGGGACAUGCCAGGAGGCCACCAGGAGAAGGUGAAGAAGGCCGGAGUGCAGGCCAGCGGCAGAGGCAAGGAGAAACCAAAGGAGCCAAAUCCUGAGGAGGAAAUUAAAGCUGGAGAAAGGAAAUUUGCCACAGCCUGCAAGGAAAUUGAAGAUAGAGUCAAGAAAUAUUAUGACACUCACCAGUUCCAAGAUCUACAUGAUGAUGAAGAUGAGGAGGAGGAGGAGGAUAUGGAGGAGGAAGGUGUUCUCGCUCGAGUGUACAGUGGAUAUGGUGAGAAGAGAGAAGAGAGUCGCACACAGCAGUAUUUGCAGGAUGCUUUCAAGUCUGGUGCCCUUGUGUGUCUUAUCUGUAUUGAAAACAUUAAACGAACUGAUGCAACUUGGAGUUGUGAGGAGUGCUACUGUAGUUUCCACAUGGCAUGUGUCAAUAAGUGGGCAAAAGACAGUAUCUUUCAAAUCUCAGAGGCACAGGCAGAUGACAACCAAAGAGUGGACAAGGCAUCUAUACCCUGGUGUUGCCCCAAGUGCCGUUUCCAGUAUGGCCAGUCCAAAAUUCCCAGCAAGUACUUCUGCUUUUGUGGCAAGCUGAUGGAUCCAAAAUUUGACCCCUGGCUCAUUCCUCAUUCAUGCGGAGAAAGGUGUGGGAAGAGGCUUAAGCCAGAGUGUGGUCACAGCUGCCUGCUACUUUGUCACCCAGGCCCCUGUCCACCCUGUCCAAAAAUGGUUGAAAACCGAUGUCACUGUGGACAGAUGCCACCACAGCCUCGCAGAUGUUGCUCAAAGAACUGGUCGUGUGGACAACCCUGCAGUCAGAUGCUCUCCUGCCAACAACACAAGUGUGAGGAACCUUGUCAUCCAGGAAAGUGCAAGAAGUGCCCUAGACAGAGCCGCCAGAAUUGUAACUGUGGUUCUGAGACAAGCCUUAGGGAAUGUGCUGACCCAAAUUGGCAGUGUGGAAAGGCCUGUGGUAAGCGUCUGAAUUGUGGACACCAUCUCUGUCAGAAAAUUUGUCACAGUGAGGAUUGUGGCGACUGUCCACAAAGUGGGGAGCGCAAGUGCCCCUGUGGUAAGACCCAGCAUAUUCUCCCCUGCACACAGCAAAUUCCAACCUGUGGAGACACCUGUGGAAAGCUGUUGUCUUGUGGAAUACAUUUCUGUGCUGAACGCUGUCAUAGAGGAGCAUGUUCCCAGUGCCUUCAGUUUCGUGUGAAAAAGUGUCGCUGUGGGUCGAAGCAAAAGGAAAUGGCCUGCAGCAAGGAAUUAACUUGUGAAAUAAAGUGCAAGAACUUGCGAGAUUGUCGUCGGCAUACAUGUAACAAGAAAUGUUGUCUUGGUGACUGCCCCAGGUGUGAGCAACCCUGUAGUCGGACACUGACUUGCCGCAACCACAAAUGUGAAAGCCGCUGCCACCAAGGACCUUGCUACCCAUGCACUAUUAUGCACACUAUCACAUGCCGCUGCGGAAAGAGGAAGAUUCGAGUGCCAUGUGGUCGAGAAAAGUAUACCAAGCCACCAAAGUGCUCUGAGCCUUGUCGAGUGCCACCAACCUGCCAUCAUCCUGAACGUGAACUGCACAAAUGCCAUCAGGGAAACUGUCCCACCUGUCGAUUAGUCUGCAACUUAAAGCUCAAGUGUGGUCAUGUCUGCCCUGCACCAUGCCAUGAUGCAGUUCCUGUUAAGGUAGUGGACACGUCUCGGAGAAUAGGACCCUGGGAGCCUGUUGCUGCCCCUAGAAUUGAGAUCCAGAAAAAGCCAUGUCCUCCCUGCAUGGUUCCAGUCCCAACAACAUGUCGUGGCAAGCAUGAGACACCACAUUGGCCAUGCAGUGAUCUGCGCUCUUAUAGCUGUGGACGUAAAUGUGGACGCUCCCUUGCUUGUACAAACCACACAUGUGAAGUUGAAUGCCAUGUGGUAGAUGGAGCGCCAGACAACACAAAGGCUGGAAAGAAUUGUGCUCCUUGUGAGAGAAAGUGCUCAAAGGCCCGUCCACAGGGAUGCUCACAUGAAUGCAAGAAGGCUUGUCAUCCUGGAAACUGUGCAACAUGCCACCAGCUAACAAAGAUUAAAUGCCACUGUGGCCUCACACAACUCUUUGUAGAGUGUGAAGCCUGGAACACAGCCACUACUGAGAAAGAAAUGCUUCAGUGUUGUAAAAACCAGUGUAAUAAAAUGAUGCCAUGUGGACACAGAUGUACCAAGGACUGCCACAGUGGCCCAUGUAGUGCUCCACAGAACUGUAAGAAGAAGGUAGCUGUGCGAUGUCCUUGUAAGAGACAGAAAAAGGAUUUUUCCUGUCAUUUGGUAGGGGCAGGGAAGGCAACACUGGAGUGUGAUGAUGUUUGUGCCUUGAAAUUGAAAGAGAAGGAAAAGGAACAAGAAGAGCAAGCAAAGAAGAAGCUUGAAGAAGAGCAAGCUCGGCAAAAGAGAGAGCUAGAACUCUUUGAGAAGAAGAUGGAUGGAAAGAAAUACAAGAAACGCAAUAGAAAAGUAACAGAAUCUAACAGUGAAAAGACAUUUUGGAAUACAUACAAGUCACUGCUCAUCUUCACAGCAACAGUUGUUGUAGCAAUGUCAGCUUACAUCAUAAUGGGCAGUUAGUGUGUCAUUCUAGUUGCACGAUUUAGGGAAUCAAAAAUGAUCAACACUGUGUGUUGCAGACUAGCAGGGUUGGUGUGUUUAAUCAUUUGAUUUUGUUUGAUAAAGGGAAAGAUAUUAAUUUCUUUUUUGUCCAGUCCAUAUUUUUGCUUUUUUGUUCCACUUUCAGCAUUAAUUUCUGAAGAAAAUAUGUUGAUGAUUUAGAGAGAGAGCCAGCAGCUCAUUUCAACAAAGUAGUUGAGAUGUUUUAGUUUUUAAAUUUUACUUUCUACCUCCUCAUGUUGAAAAAUAAAUUUCUAGGAAUUAAUAAAUAUCUUACAGAAAGUCUGAUUUAGGUGAAGGGUACUGCAUAACAUUUUGUUUUGAUAAAUCAGUGCAAAGAAGGAAAUAUUAAAAGAGAAAUAGAGGAUAAAAACUUGUCUUGUAACAAGUCUUGUUUUCCUUUGGCCCAUUAUUUUGUAUUUUUUAUAAUUUAGGGCCAACCCUGCUUAUUUUUCAUUGAAUAAUGAUAACUUGUUUCAUACAUAAAUGAAAUGUCAUAUUAUCCAAUGUGGAUAAGAAAACAUAAGCUUAUGAAUGUCAAUUUGGGUUUAAGAUUUGGCCACAAUUUCUUUCAACCGAUUUUUAUUUGGUUUACAUCUUUGAGAGUGUCAGAAAUUAUUUGUUGAAUUUGUUUACAGAGAAGCUUGGUACAAUUAUGUUAUUCACUAUUGUUAUUAUCCAAUAAAGAUAAUCAUAUCAC